AUGAAAUCAAAUUCUGUUCUCAUCACCUUAUUAGCAGCUACUUUGUUAUUGCUUACUCAUCAGAAACCUCAGUUGAAAUUCAAUGCAUUAGGCAAAUUUAAAAUUCUCUAACUCACAGAUAUUCACCUCGGAGAAAGAGAGGAUCUUGACAUUAGAACUCUCGAAGUUAUUAGAACUGUUAUUGAGAAAGAAAAACCAGAGAUGGUAUUUAUUUCCGGAGAUGCAGUAUCAGGGUACGCUUGGGAUAAGAACACAACUGGGUGGUUUGAUUAUUAAUUCAGAAAAUUAGAGAGAGUGCUGGCAGAGUUUAAAAUGCCUUGGGCAUUUACAGCUGGUAAUCAUGACGCAGAAGGUGAUUACGAUAGAUAAUAAAUUUCUAAUUUAAUAAGAUCAUUUGAGAAUAGUGUAACUUUACCGAAUGCCGGUAAACUCUCCCAUGAGUUUAACUAUGUGCUACCAGUAUACAGUAAUGACGGUAAAAAUAUAGAAUUUAGGCUAUGGUCAAUUGAUACUGGUGCCUCCUAUGGAUGCAUGGGAUCUCAUGGAUAUGACUGUGUAAGAGAUGACUAGAUCUAGUGGUUCAGACAAGCUAAUCAAAACAUUUCAUCUGAUGAUCCUACUAAAGGAAAGGCCAUUCUUUUCACUCAUAUUCCUAUGCAUGAAUACAUGAACUUGUAUAACUAUAAUGAUAUCUUCGGUUUGAAGGGAGAAGAGGUUUGCUGUCCAGCUGUGAAUACUGGAUUAUUUAGUGCUAUAGUUGAAGACAAGACGGUGGAGUGGGUAACCUGCGGUCAUGAUCAUAACAAUGACUAUCAUGGAACUUGGGAGGGAAUACACCUAGCAUAUGGUAGAAAAACAGGAUACGCUUCCUAUGGUCCCCAAAGCUUUCUAAGAGGAAGCAGAAUUUUUGAGAUUACUCUAAACCCAUAUAAAAUUGACACUUGGAUUAGAUAAGAAGAUGGAACUGUCGAUAAAAAGGAUGGCUAUACAUAAAAAGUUUUAAAGGCAACAAGUCAAUAGUACUGCUGUGGUUUAACUGUUAUUAAUAACGAUGAAAGUCAAUCAAUGAAAAUCGCAGCUAAUUUGCUUUUGAUUAUUGGAGCUCUCGUAAUUUCUCUGAGUUGA